AUGCCUCCGCGUCGAUCAUCACGUACCUCCCUUUCCUCCCCAACAGGUGCCGACGAUAUAUCCUAUCUCACCUUGGCUGAAGUUCGAGAUCGUCUGAAUAGGAAUAACGCAUUGCUCUCUUCCCCUCUCUUCGCAACCCCACAAGUAGGAGCAGCUGGACCAAGUAGUGAUCCGGUGAAGGAUAAACUUUUGUUGGCUAGAGAAGCGUUGUUAGCCAGGGAACAGGAAUUGAUGUUGGAUAAUAUGCACCUGGCAGAUCAAGAUACACAACAACAACAGAUAUAUAAUGGAUCACCCCCCAAGUCACCUACGUUGAGUCUGGGUGGAGGAGGGAAUGGGAGGAGUGGCAAAGCUAGGGUGCUGAAUAGGAUAAGGGAGGGGGAAAGUAAUUUGGCAAAGAACGGGUUGAUCUUACCUAUCGACCAAACUCUCCAUCUCGGUCAAAGGGACUAUCAAAAUGCGACUGCCCUGUCCCUCUCUCACCUAUCUCUUAAUCCUACCAGAUCUUCUUCUCCUAAACCACGAUCGGCUCGUCCCAAAGUAUCUCAUCCAUCUAACUUGUACGACAAUGUUCCAGUAGGUGGUGAAGAUGAAAUCACCAGGGCGAAUAGACUGGCGCGUAUAAAUGCUUUUAUGUCUUAUAAAUCUUCUUCUUCCGAUUCGGAAGAUGACGACGAUGACUUCGACCAAGAUGAUGACGUCGAUGAAGAAGGAAUGGAAGGGAUCGAUAAAGAAGAAUAUAUAAAUAGGUUGAUACGAUCUCAAUCACAACUGGAAGAGAAGAACUUCCCAUUGACGGGUAAUGCCUCUGGAGGAUAUGAUGGGAAUGGACAACCGUUACAUAACGAUGAUAAGUCAUUGGAUGACCUGGGUGAAGAAGUUGAUGUGUACGGAGAAGAUGAUGAGGAUUUCUUGGAAGGGAAUGAUGAAUAUGCGAAUGGUGCUGGUCAGGGAAGUAUGGCGGCUGGACCGGGAAGGUAG